CUCUCUCUCUCUCUCUCUCUCUCUCUCUUUAAACGACGAGCCGUUUCUCAACAUGAAGUUCGGCAAGAGUUUGAGCAGCCAGAUCGACGAGACCCUGCCGGAAUGGCGCGACAAGUUCCUCUCCUACAAGGAGCUCAAGAAGCGCCUCAAGCUCAUCGAGCCCAAGGACGCCUCCACCCGCCCCGCCAAGCGCCCCAGGCUCGACGGCGACGCUCCUCCGGACGACAUGUCGUCCGAGGAGAUCAAUUUCAUUCAGCUCCUCGAGGACGAGCUCGAGAAGUUCAAUUCCUUCUUCGUCGAGAAGGAAGAAGAGUAUAUCAUUAGACUGAAGGAAAUACAAGACAGUGUGGCGAAAGCGAAGCAUUCGACUGAAGAGGUUAUGAAGAUACGCAAGGAGAUUGUGGAUUUCCAUGGAGAGAUGGUUUUGUUGGAGAAUUACAGUGCCCUGAACUAUACAGGACUGGUAAAGAUACUCAAGAAGUACGACAAAAGAACAGGUGCUCUUAUGCGCUUGCCCUUUAUUCAGAAGGUCCUGCAACAACCUUUCUUCACUACUGACUUGCUCUACAAGCUUGUGAAGGAGUGCGAGUGCACACUUGAUCAGCUGUUUGCAAUGUGUGAACCGCCAGCUUCAAAUGAAGCAUCUGAUGAUGGGGAUGAUGGUCCCUCGACUUCCAAGAGUGAUGGACUUAGCAGAGUGAACAAGGAACUUGCAGAGAUAGAGUACAUCGAGAGCUUGUACAUGAAAAGCACUAUAUCAGCGUUGCGAGCUUUGAAAGAAAUUAGAAGUGGAAGUUCCACUGUGAGUGCAUUUUCAUUGCCACCACUGCAAUUAAGUGGUUUAGAUGAAGAUGCCUGGAAAAAGGUUCCUGUUCUGGAACAGCUUGCUAAGUAGUUAGGCUAUAUAUGCAAAUGAAACAGGGGACUAGUUUGUCCCUCUUUUCUAUUUUUGUCAUUCUGCAAUGCAUACUUUAUAUACUAACACCAAUGUAAAAUCCAUACUCUUAAAUGUAAUGAAUUCAGUAGAAUUUGAUAAAGUUGUGUAUAAGAAUCUCUUUGGUCUAUUAGCUUAAUAGGCUUCCUUUC